AUGAGAGACGUGGAGAGACUGACUAACUCUUCACAGACUACAGGCGCCUGGAUUGGACUGAGGAGCAUCAAUGAAAGAGAUAUCAAAGAGUGGCACUGGUCUCUGCCGGGGGAGAAGUACAAUCCUACAGAAUGUGAACCAGGAUGUGCGCCAGAAUGGGCUACAAAUGACGGUCGAAAACAGCCGAGCAAUGAAGGUGUCAAUCCUGAGAACUGUGUGGUGAUGUAUAUACCUUUGAAAAAAUGGUACGAUGUCCAUUGUUCUCUUAAACGCAAGUUCAUCUGCUACAAUGAAACAGGGGAACAGAAAUACUUUGUAAUUGAUGAACCUGAACUGAACUGGCUUCAGGCUCAGAGCUACUGCAGAGAACAUCACACAGACCUGGUCAGUGGACUUGAAAAUAUCAAUUCAGUUGAAUUCAACGAUCAGCAAAGCUGUCCUGACUCCUCAAAUCCAGAUAAGUUGUUGUGGAUCGGCCUGUUCAGAGAGAUCUGGAGCUGGUCAGAUGGGAAGAAUUUCUCUUUCAGACACUGGGAUCUGGACUCAUUUAAAGAUGUAGCCUCAAAGACUUGUGCUAUGACUACGUCAAAUGGAAAAUGGAGCUCCGACAUCUGCACAGAUCAAAAACCCUUCUACUGCUAUGACGACAAAGUGAUCCUGAUCAAUGAGAGUAAGACUUGGGAUGAGGCCCUGACUUACUGCAGAGAGAACCACCAUGACCUGGUCUCCAUCACUGACAGUCACCAGCAGAGAUGGGUCCAAGAGAGAGCCAAGAUGGCCGACACUGAGUUCGUCUGGCUGGGAAUGCGCUACACCUGCACAAUGGAUCUGUGGCUCUGGGUCAUUGAUCGUCUGGUCUGCUAUCACAACUGGGCCCAAGACAACAUGGAUGAGCAGUGUGGCAUGGCUGGAGUCAUGGAGAGAGAUGGAGAGUGGUACACAAAGGCUGACCAUAAAAAGUUUCAUUUCAUCUGCGCUAAGUAAACCCAUUGGUAUAUUUACUGCAACAAGCUCACUCUUCUCUAAUAUGUGUCUGCUCUCUGGGUUUAUUGAAUGGCUCUAGUUCAAAUAUAGAAAUCACAACCUGAAGAGGGGAGAAACUAAAUUACUAACAGAUUACUAACUGAGGAUUAGAAAUUGAGAAAAUGGGGCGACACUAAAUGUAACAUGUGUUUGCCUCUGUGAACAUCUGAAUUACUUGAUAUGUUUUUGUUGUAGUAGUUAUUCAUAGAGUACAUGUUUAUUUAUCCUCUUAAAGUGUGAAACCUGUAAUCUUCAUUUGAAUUGUUGUCUUUUAUGUUUAAGAGAAAGAAAUAUAUAAAAAGACAAAUCUAUUAUGUUUUGCUUUUCAGAAUUUGUUUACGUUUUGGUUGAAAUGUGGUGAUGGUUAUAAUAUGUGUAUCACUAUUUUUGUCAUAUUUACCUUAAUGGAGUUUUAACUGGAUGUUUAAUUGUCUAAAACUGAAUAAACGAUCUGAGC